UCUUGUUGUGUGUGUGUGUGUUUUUUUUUCUUGCAGAUUCUUUCAGAUUAUUAGAUACUUAGAUUGUUACUAAAUGAUAGUUAGGCGUAAACCAAAAACUGUUUAGGCAAGGGGCUAAAUGGACCAGUUUCCAGUGCUCCUAUAAGAAGUAACAAGAAGAAGAAGAAGAAGAGACUUCGCCUACGCUACGCUUACAGCUCAGACGCCCGACGGUCGUUCACUUGUUCCGACACCAGACUUGUAACUUAAAAAUGGAGGGCCAUAUUAGUCCUGUGAGCAGUGCGGGAGAAGAAGAUGAUGAAGAAUUGGCUGCUAUUAUUCAAGAAGAAGUACAGUAUGAUGAGGUUGACAUCAACAUACACUUCCAUUGUGAGCAUUGCUUCAAGCUCAGCAAAUGUAAAGUUUAUCCCAAAGCUGGCUUCAGCUGUGAAAUCAUCUCCUGUCCCCAUUACUGUGGUAUGAGGUUCCAUGCAUGCAAGCUAGAUGAGCAUGACUUACUGUGCUCACACGUGCGUGUUGAGUGCCUGAAUAAAGUCUACGGCUGCCCUCACACGCUGCCGCGCCAUGCCAUGUCCCGUCACCUGACGCAGUGUCCUGCCUCGGUUGUGGUGUGUGGCUGUGAGAGGAACCGCUGGCUUGCUGCCACGCGGCCAAGAGAGACCAUCGCACCGCACUCUGGCUACACUAAGAACUUCAACACUUCUGAUUUGGACGUUCGAGUGGCUCUGCACGACCAAGCCUUACUGAAUCAAUUGGCCGGGGCUUCCCCCGACGAGCUCGGCGCAGCCACCUCCAGCACCAACAGACGCUACCCUCUCCUGCCUCUGCGCUCUCCUCUUGCUGGAGGCUUGAGCAAACCGACUGGAGGCCACCACGGCAGCAGCCGCAGCAAGCGCUCGCCCAGCUUGGCCACCGAUGAAGAAGAUCUUGUGCCUGGCUUGUCAGGUUCGGUGUGUGCCAAGCUAAUGAGCCGCAAACAACCAGCUGGACAGCUGACCAAUUCCAACAAUUUCUAUGCUCGUGGUGAAGGUCCCGUGGACGACUACUUCAUGCACGUGUGUUCUCAUGGCGUCCACCGCAACAUGUGCCGCUGGUGCAAGGACGAGAAGCCUCAGCCUAAAAUACAGAUGAAGACGGUGUGGCGAGAGGACUGGUCUUGUGAUGCUGGUGACGGAGUUGUUCCUUGGAUAAAGCAGGAGCGCAUCGCUAAGGUGCUGAGAAGAGGUCCGCUGGACACCGUGGUGCUGUGUCGGGUGGAAGACAGCGAUGACGAGAACGCUGCAGCAGAGUCUUCAGUGCCCAGCGAGAGUCGAGCGUUGAACUACGUAAGCACCAGCUUGACGCCUGCAGACUUACGUCUGGAGCUGACGUUCGAGAACUACUCCCGACACCAGACCAAGCCACGCAACAUGAUCACCAUACAGUGUCUGCAAGUGCUGAGAAGAGACGAGUACGCGAGCCACUACCAGAGUGUGCACUGCGACGUGCUGGGCGAGGGUCUGGAGGGCGGUCUAUUGGUGCGCCGCUGUCCUCUGCACUACCGCGGCUGUGCUUACGCUCUGGUCUACCGCACCGCCGGCCAUCAGCACAGCAGAGCCGAAGUGUCCUUCUCGCCCACGCUGCAAGCCUUUGGCCUGCGACCUCGCUUGGAAUACGAGCCUCCUCUGCCUCCAGACAUGCGCGCUGCAAGUCAGGAGCCUGAGGACUGUGAUCUCUUCUCCUUCCCUGUGCACCCUUCCUCCUCCCUAAUCCUGCCCACCGCCCUCUCCCAUUACGCAGAUCCUUCCUCUCCAAGUGUCCGUCCCUCGCCCUCACCGAGGGAGCGCUCACCACUCCCUCUGUACCAGACCUCCCCUCGCCUCACGUGCCUCCCUCAGGAGGUCCUGCAGAUCAUCCUAGGGUACCUGGAUGGCUUCAGCUUGAGUCAGGCGGCGCUGACAUGCGAGGCGUUGGCGCGUGCCUGUGAAGGUCUGGUACGGGAGCGCGGGCUGGUGCUGCGCUACUGGCGCCGCAGCGCUGCCGUGCACCACGACCAACACAACACUGACACUGACACGCGCACCUCGUGGCAGUGGGGCGAACCGGUUUGGGUGUUCAGCAGCAGCAUGGGCAGUGUUGACUCAUGGACAGUUGACGACAGGGCACCGGGCCUCUCCAAUCACUUGACGCGCUGUCCCUUCUAUUGCCCGAACUUGCCGCUGGAGAAAUUUUCGUACGGCCGCGCCCCUCAGAAGUCACCGCCGACGCAUUGAUGUGUCGUGCUGCUGGACCCUGAUGUGUCGUGCUGCUGGACCCUGAUGUGUCGUGCUGCUGGACCCUGAUGUGUCGUGCUGCUGGACCCUGAUCUGUCGUGGUCUUUAAAUACCAAAAUAUUUGUUUAUUGAGCCAAUAUGGAACUCUGCUAAACGGUUGCGUAAGGCAGAACCGAAAACUGCGAAAACGUGUCGUAUUUCUUCGAUUUUCCGAUCUUGUCACUUGUCGUCUUGUUCCAUAUUUCAUCGCGGAUGCUCAGUAUUACGUUUUAUUUUGAAGGCAGAUGAUAUGGAAGACUUUUCCUUGAUAUGAACGUAUUACUUAUUUACCUGCAAGUUUCUUGCCAGUUAUUCUCUGUUGAGCGUUUGAUUAGAAUAUCAGGAGCUGAGGUCGACGCUUUACUUUGUUCAUUUAUAUCGCUCCCCUUUUCUCGAAAACUUUAACUGUCUCUAUUUUUACAGUUCCAUUAUGUUGCUUUGCAUUCAAUACUUUUUUGUGCUAUUGGUCAGUUCUAUCUCCAUAUUCUUUAGGUUUUGUUGGAGAUUUAGCCAUCCAGGCGUAAUAGGUUGAAUUCCUAUUGGCAACACAGGAGUGUUUGACUAUCUUUCUCUGACAUAGCAGCAGUUUACUAGAAAAAUUUAACUCCUAAUUCCGCUCUUAGAUAUUAGUGUCGCCAGCUGGGUUUUCUAUGGUGAGCAAGAGUUUAAUAUCUGUUGAAAAUCGGGGGUUUUCCGUAAGUCUAAAGCCCCAUCACUUCGGGGUGCCAGAAGCUUCAAAUUUUAAGGCGAGAAUCGUCUACUACGGCACAAAUACUUGUCUACUACGGCACAAAUACUUGUCUACUACGGCACAAAUACUUGUCUACUACGGCACAAAUAUCAGUUGAUGUCGAGGCAAAGCGCCACAUUAUUCAUUAAUGCAGUCGGCAGAUAUGCAACGCCCAAUUAGAAAUAAUCUGUUGACUUAGAAAAUAAAUUUAACCAUGGAUGGGAAGAGAGAUUUCUCUGAACAACUCAGAUUUCAGUGCCACAAUAGUUGACUGAAUGAUAAUGAUUAUCUGCUCUAGAGCCUUUGAUGUCAUCCUUAGACGGAUGGCACCAAAUUAUGACCCACCAGAAUAAUAUUUUUCUGACUUUAGUAUCAGAAUGUAUUUCUUUUUGAUAGAAGUCGUUGUGUUGCAUCUGACUGAAGAGCUGUGACCCGCUGUCCGUCCAUGACAUUAGAUCAGCAGGACUAGAAGCUUUACAAGAACUUCAGCGAUGAAGAUCGGCGUCGUAUUACAUCCAUGUUGGGCAUCUGCUUCUCACGGAGUUCAAUGCUAAUUAGUAAACACUUUGACAGGGAUAUAUAAACUGUGCAUAAUUCAGUCACAAAUUGUUAGCUCCUAACGAAUAAAUGUUAUAAUGAGCAACAUAUCGUGCGUGUAACGACGCUCAUUUGACGCUCCCAGCCAUUGGGGCUGCUCGACAUGAAGCAUCGCAUAUGAUUACUCCUGACAAUUUUUACUUUCUUCACCUAAGCACGUACCUAAAUUUUCAAGUGCAGAUAGAGUGGAGAAUAAGAAUAAUAGAUGAUAGAGUAGAGGUGGCCAAAAUUUGUUAAUUGAGACUUUGAAAUUUGAUAUUCUAGUCCUGCCAGCCUGUAGUCCUGCGUGUACGAGGGACCCAUAUUGUAUGCUGAUGUGAAAGCAUUUGAUGUUUUCAAGAACAUAAUUUAUUAUUAUAGAAUGGAAUUAAUAUUAUUCAGCACAUUUAUUCCCCGAAAAAGAUCAGGGGGGACUUCUGACGUGUGUCUAUGCUCGUCAGAAGUUCUUUGGGAUUUCGCGUUCCUAGGGGCACUGUUCCUGAGCUCCCAACCGCUGAGCUCGCGAUGUCUGACUGCGGGUCUCAGUUGUGGGGUUAAGUUAUUAUGUAG